AUGAGCGAGGCGGAGGCGGCAGUGGUGGCGACAGCGGCCCCCGCGGCGACGGUGCCCGCGACGGCGGCAGGGGUGGUGGCGGUGGUGGUACCUGUGCCCGCGGGAGAGCCGCAGAAAGCAGGCGGCGGGGCGGGCGGCGGGGGCGGAACCGCCUCUGGCCCCGCCGCUGGGACCCCCUCGGCGCCCGGCCCUCGCACCCCUGGCAACCCGGCGACGGCGGCCUCGGGGACUCCCGCGCCCCCGGCCCGGAGUCAGGCGGACAAGCCGGUGCUGGCAAUCCAAGUCCUGGGCACUGUCAAAUGGUUCAACGUCCGGAAUGGUUACGGAUUCAUCAACAGGAAUGACACCAAGGAGGAUGUCUUUGUUCACCAGACAGCUAUUAAAAGAAACAACCCCAGGAAGUUUCUGCGAAGUGUUGGCGACGGGGAGACUGUGGAGUUUGACGUCGUGGAAGGAGAGAAGGGUGCAGAAGCUGCUAAUGUAACUGGGCCUGGGGGGGUGCCAGUGAAGGGCAGCCGCUAUGCCCCAAAUCGACGUAGAUUCCGCAGAUUCAUUCCCCGGCCUCGCCCAGCUGCCCCCCCACCCAUGGUGGCAGAGGCUCCCUCAGGCGGGACAGAACCUGGCAGCGAGGGCGAGCGGGCAGAGGACUCCGGGCAGCGCCCCAGACGACGGCGCCCACCACCCUUCUUCUAUCGAAGGCGGUUUGUGCGAGGCCCUCGGCCCCCUAAUCAGCAGCAGCCCAUAGAGGGCUCUGACGGGGUAGAACCCAAGGAGACGGCCCCAUUGGAGGGUGACCAACAGCAGGGAGAUGAGCGGGUGCCCCCACCCAGGUUCCGGCCUAGGUACCGAAGGCCUUUCCGUCCCAGGCCACCCCAACAGCCUACCACAGAAGGUGGGGAUGGCGAGACCAAGCCCAGCCAAGGUCCCACUAAUGGCUCCCGGCCUGAGCCCCAGCGGCCACGAAACCGCCCCUACUUCCAGCGGCGUCGGCAGCAGCCCCCUGGCCCCCGGCAGCCUAUAGCCGCAGAGACCUCAGCACCUAUCAACAGUGGGGACCCCCCCCACCACCAUACUGGAGUGAUUCCAGCUCAGAGGACACCCAGAACUACCAUCUGGUAUCUGCCAGUUUCCAACUGACUCUACCCAACAUCCACCUCCCCCCUUUCCCAUAAUUCAUGACAUCAAAACAUCGGCUUUCCCCUUGAGACUCAGGAGGGCCAAAGCAACAGCCUUUGGCUUUUUUCUCUUUUUUCCCCUCCCUACCAAGGGUUGGAGGAAGGGUCCAUCCUUAUUGUUCGCAGGCAUCGCCUCCCUCCCCUAAGUCAGGCUGAGAAGGAACCAGCCAGCACUCACCU